AUGUUCUUCCUCCACGAAAUGGAACGCGUUGUAAACCUACACCCCUCCUACUUCGACAAAGACACACACAAAUACAUCACCGAUACCCUCUACCAAGACGUCGAAGGCACAAACACCGGAAACUUCUACAUUGUGUGUGUCGUCUCCGUCAUUGACAUCAGUGAACCUCGCGUCUUGCCAGGCUCUGGGUUCGCAGAGUUUACGAUCAUGUUUCAAGCAGUGGUGUGGAGGCCUUUCAAGGGAGAGGUUUGUGAUGGUAUGGUGAGCAGUGUGGUCAGCAAUGGGUUCUUUGUGGAUGUGGGCCCGUUGAAUGUUUUUGUGUCAAAGGCUAAACCAACANNGAUGAUUCCUAGCGAUAUCAAGUUUGAUGGCAAUGCGACGCCGCCGCAGUUUACCGAUAACGCCGAUCAGGUCAUUGAGAGGGGCACGCACAUUCGUGUCAAGAUCAAGGGUAUCAGAGGUGAGGUUGGCCAGAUGUACGCCAUCGCAACCAUCAAGGAGGAUUUCCUUGGGUAA